AUGAGUCUCAGCAUUCAAUUAUUUUAUUAACCUUCUCUGACUGCAUCCUACUUAAGAAAUAAUCGUUUCAUGUCAGCCUAUGAUUUUACAUUGAUAUUCCCAUCGAUACCACUUUCAUUUGGAAUAUCUAGUGAUUUAGCUGCUGGAUGGUCUAAAUUAGUUUAUGAAUAAGUUCUCAUGAAUAAAACUCAAUAAAAAAUUGAAGUUGAAAUUCAAGGCUUGACUGAAAAAGAAGCAUUUGUAGUUGAGUAAUGUGUUAAACUUUUGUUUGGGUUUAAAAUUGAUUUUUGUAUUUAAGAUGUUUGGUAAGCUUUGAAAGUUUGUGAUCUUAUUGGAAUCACUUAAUCACCCUAAAUUGAAGGUAUUACAGUUUAAGAAUAACUUUUAUCUUUUGCUAUCCAAAAUAUAUAACAAAUUAAUCUUUUUGAAGGAUUAGAUUAUGCAUAACAAUUAUUAGAAGUUGGAGGAGAAGGAUUACUUAUUCACAGAACAGAUAUAAGAUAAUUAAGUUAAUAAUUAGUGGAUAAAAUUAGAGAAAUUAUUAUUGCAAGCAAAUUUGAGAUACUUACAAAUUAUGCUCAUAAUUAAGAAUAAAGUAUUGAUAGUCAAACAAAUAAUAAUAAUAAGUUCUUAUUGAAGGAUCUGAAAAGAGAGCAUUACAUUUAAUUGAGGACACUCUUUUACAAUUAUAUUAAUUAAUAAAAUUCAGAAUUAACAGCUAAUCAAAAUAUUGUAAAGAUCUUAUUUGAAGAAUUAGAUCAAUAGUUUGAAUUAGACAGUUAUGUUAAUAAAUAUUUUGAAGAAGUUACUUCAAAAAUGUAAACAAUCGAUGUUUUUAUCAAUAAAAUAGAUAAGAAAUAUGAAGCUUAAUUAAAUAAGUUAAAUGAAUUUAUUAAUUAAGAAUUUGAAAAUCUUAAAAGAGAAAAUAAAAUGUUGAAAAACCAAUUAUAUUUUGCUCAUAGAAGAAUUGAAUAAUUUUAGAAUCCAAGAAUAGUUUGUCAAUCUUAAAUGAAUAUAUUUUGUUUCUCAAAUGGAAUAAUUAAGUGUAAGAAUGAUGGAGUCAUCCAUACAGAGAAUAUGGAGAACUACAUUAUAAAUUGUAUAGUCAAAUUAAAAGAUAAUACCUUAGCAGUAGGAAUGUAAGGAGGAGAUAUUCUCUUGUAUAGUAAAUAAUUGGAAAUUAUAUCCACCCUAAAAUUAUCAUCAGUUAUAAAAAUAGAAAAAGCAUAUGAUGUUGUUUGUAUGCAGGCUUAUGUAAGAGUUAUUAUUUAAUUUAGAAUAACUAUUUAAUAUCUUCUUAUUCAAAUAAUAUAUAUUGUAUUUGGUGGAAUUAAUAAUUAAUAUUUCAUGAAUAGAUUGAAUAGUAAGUGAGUGUUAUAUUUUGUAACCCACAAUUAGGUAAUUUUAUUCUUUUAGGUUUUUUUGAUGGUUCAAUUAAUUUUAUUUAUCUAAUUGAAUCUAAACCAUAGUUAUCAGCUGAUUAUAUUAAGAAACUAAAAAAUUCAAAUAAUGAAGUAAUUAAAUUAGAAGUAAUUCCUUAAAACAAUGAUUUAUUAGUAUCAGUUCACUCAGAUUAACUAAUAUGCAUUUGGAAUUGGGAAUAAGAAAGUGUUAUAUAAGCAAUUAAGAUUGAAUAACAAAUCUAAGAUAUUUAGAUAUUGUUAGAUAAAAAAGAUUAGAAAAUAUUGAGAGUAUUGUUAUAAAAUGGAUAUUUGAAUGAUUAUAAUGUAGAUUAGUAAAACUAACUAAUAGAAUCAAUAUAUGUAGAUAAUAAACCCUUUUAGUUGGAAGGUGAAUAAUGUUUGACUUAUGAUGGGAAAAUAAAAAAAAUUAAAAAUGGGCCUUUAAAUUGUUGUAAUUAUCAUUUGCAACACUAAUCAACUUUUUAUCAUCAUCAAGAUAAUUGUGUAUAUGGACUAUUAUUAAUAAAUUAUCCAUAUGUGGCAUCGUCUGCAGAUGAUAAAACUAUAGUAAUUUUUAAUUUGAAAUCCUAAGAAAAGCUAAUUUUGAGAGGUCAUCAAAAUUAUAUAAAAGCAAUAGGAUUACUUCAAGAAAAUAAGCAUAUAAUAUCAGGUAGUUAUGAUACAUCAAUUAAAAUAUGGGAAAUAGCAACAGGGAUCUGCUAAAAUACAUUAAAUGGUCAUACAAAACCUGUAUUAUGUUUAUAGGUAUUACAUUAAACAUAGUCUAUGGUUGUAAGUGGAGGAGAAGAUGGUACUAUUAGAGCAUGGAAUUGGAAGACAGCAGUUUGCAUUUGGAAGACUGAAAGUAAAUUAGAGAUUUGGUCGCUUUUGGCUAUUCAUGAACAUUGUACUGUUUUAAGUGGAAAUAAGUAAAAUAAAAUAUUAUCAAUUUAGAGAUGGAUCAAUAAAAGUAAUUAAUACUGGUUAGUCAGGAGAGAAGAGUCAAACAAUAACUGAAUUAAAGAUUCAUAAAUAAUAUGUAAAUUGUAUGAUACAACUGAAAGGUUCUAUAAUAGCUAGUGGUUCAUCUGAUGCUACUAUACAAAUUACUAAUUUUUAUUCAGGUGAAAUAUUAAAAACUUUAAUUGGUCAUUCUAAUAUUGUUUGGUCAAUCUAAAUGAUUGAUGAUGACACCAUAGCUUCAUCAAGUACAGAAGGAAAAAUUAAAAUAUGGAAUUGGAAAGAAAGUCUUUGUUUGAAUAGUUAAGUAGUAGGAAAAGGAUCAAUCUAUGUAUUAUUAAAAUUACCUUAUACAAAUAAGCUUAUUGGUGGAACUGCUUAAGGAGAGAUUCUAUAAUGGAAAAUAUGCAGAGAAGAACAAAAAUUAAUAUGAUUGUUUAUAAAUUAUAAUUUAUAUACAAA